AUGUUUCGCCGUUGUCGUUUAGUUCGGGGCAUUGUGGAGAGGCUAACGAAGGAAAACUUCACCAUUUCGCGUCUUAGUAAUGGCCUGCGCGUAGUCACGGCCGAUGAUGGGGGCGGCAUCACCGGAAUGGGGCUUUUCACGCUGAACGGAUCGAAAUUCGAGGACGCCGCGAGUGCCGGCGCCGCGGUCGUUUUCGAGUCGAUGCCCCUCGGUGGGAAUCAUCUUAUGAGCGGGAAGGAAGUGAGCGAGACUCUGGGGAUGUUCGGAAACGCCUUUCGGGUCACCAACAACAAGGAGGCAAUGAGCGUCAUGCUAAUGCUCCCGCGAUAUCACCAAAAAGACGGCCUGGAGCUCCUCAACGCGAUGUGUUUGCACCCCACCCGCGACCUUGAGGAGUUCGAGGCCGCCAAGGCCAAAACGAUGCAGCGCACCGCGUUAAUGGAGCGGGAUGCCUCGGGGAUGUGUUUUGAGCUCGUCCAUGAGGCCGGGUGGGAUGGGAAAGGGCUGGGAAACCCCACGAAUCCUUCCCCGGAGGCCCUGGAAGGUCUCACUUUGGAGGCCUUUACGGAAUUUUAUCGCCGAUGCACCCGGCCCGAUCGCACGGUGCUCGCCGCCACAGGGGUUUCCGACCACGAUGCCUUCGCCCUCCUCGCGGAGCAGGUUUUUCAAUUCGACUACGACGACCGACCCUUCGACUUCCCCAUUCACCCUUAUACCGGUGGGGUUCGCCUAAUUCAGAAAACAGAGGCCCCGGAAAGUAUGUUGAAAUUCCAGGAAAAGAAUUUAAGCCAUAUGGCGCUCUUUUUCCAGGGCAUUCCCAUGUCCCAUCCGGAUUACUACACCGUCUCCGUCAUCCAGACGCUGUUGGGCGGGGGCACCUCAUUUAGCUCCGGCGGGCCAGGGAAAGGCAUGCACACCAAACUCUUUCGCGAGGUCCUCAACCGCGAGGGGGGAAUUAACGGGAUGGAGUGUAUUACGGCAUGGUAUAGCGAUGGUGGGCUGAUCGGGCUCUACGGUACCGCCCCGCACGAGAAUGCGCAGCGGCUGCUCAAAUUAAUGAUCUUUCAGGCCGCCACCAUUCCCCAACGGGUCAGCGAGGAGUACCUCGAGAUGGCGAAAAACCAGCUCAGCUCUCAGUUGAUUUUGCUCGGCGAAAGUCGCGAACAGAUGCUCAGUGAUAUGGGGUUUAACCUCCUCGUGCAAAAUCACGUGAUUACGACGCAGGAGACCAUACGCGGGAGCGCGGGGGUCACCUUGGAGAAUUUGGAGGAGGUCUGCGCAAAGAUGAUUAAGAAGCCAGUGACCUUUGCGGUAUAUGGGGAGACCAAGGGGAUGCCCACACAGGAAAAAUUAGAAACUAGCAUCAAAAAAACCUACGUCAUUUCAAAUGAAAGAGAGGCCGACUCGUAA